GAGGAGUCUUUCAAAAGUACGACCAACAAUGUUCAGGCCUUAAAUGAGGCACUAGAGGCUUUCCGCCUGAAAUUGUGCAAACCUGGCCAAUUCCAAGUCAGCCAGCCUAUGCCAUCAGGCCAGAAAGUACACUGGUCGGAUGUGAUGAAGGAGCUGCAAAAUGCCCAGAACUACUACAAGACCCGUCAUGGAGGUGGACCGAUUGGCAAAGCGCUUUCCAAAUUCGUGAGAUAUACGGAGUCGCUGAAGGGGUGGUUAGACCUGCUUCCUGCUGGGGAUUAUGGGUCUACUAUAUGCGGAGGACUCAAGCUAUUGUUAUCGGCCCUUGAUGAAACUCACAAGCUGGAUAGCUUAGUUUUUGUGGCACUGUCGGACAUACCCGAGAUAUUGUACGAAGCCCGGUUCUACCUGGAUGCGUACAGAGUUCCUAGGUUGAGUAUUAAUAUGCUGGAAAAGAUGGCUGACCUAUGUAACCACGUUCUUAUUGUGCUGCGGGAAAUUGUUUAUUACUGUCUCGAAUCAAAGUCUAAGCAUUUUAUUUCGACGGUCUUCAAGGGGCUGAAUUCGAAAGACUCUCUACGACAGACGAUUUCCGACCUCAGGGAGCGCGCCACCUCUCUUUCUCGAGAGGCAGAGCUCACGAACCAUCAAACUAUACAGAAUAUUAGCGAAGAUAUUCAAGGCAUCAAGCAGAGUUCUCACAUAGAAGGUAGUCGCACGGACAUUUAUGUCAAUCUAUACGUGCUCUAUUCUGGACACCCAUCUCUCGAUAGCAAAGGCGAACUUCUGUCCGACAGUAUGGAUGCGUCCCCUCGAUUGUCUCUCGCCGGCGUCCAACUUCAAAACUCCAUCAGUGCAAACUCUUCCCCAGGGCUCCAGCCUUCGCGGAGUCCAUCCAUAACCGACCUACCAGAUCUAAGAGAUUUGCUCACCCUAUGUGUCAAUUCUCAAUCUAAUGAUCAUUUAAAUGUUCCCCAACGGACUCAUCGCCGACAUCAAUCUUUCCCCAAGCCCGAGGAGCCCCUGAUCACCACCGAAGGCCUUUUGCACCUCCUCGCAUUCGACGAAACCAAGGUUGCCAGCGACCGGGGCACAAACGUUCACCCAAGCAGGUUCGACAAGCGCGAAUCCCAAAAACUUCCCUUCAUUACGAGAUCCACCCAGUUUCAAAACUGGAUCAACAAGACCGAGGGGAAAAACGCCUCCCUACUCGUUCAAGGUCACUUCGACUCUGAAGAUGGCACGUCGGCUUUGACACACCUCUGCGCAAGGAUCGCUUACGAGUCCGCUCCCGAUCCCAAAGUACUGAUUCUCACUCACUUUUGCUCGCUCCACACGGCCAGUCGCGCGGAAAUCGGUCGCCGGGCUGGUGCCACGGGGUUAAUCGCCAGCUUAAUCGGUCAGCUUCUCUCCUACGACACCCAUCGAGUCCAAUUUGAUCUAUCGCAAAUCACGAAACAUGCAUUAUCACGGAUCGAGGAGUUUUCAUUGAAGAAACUGUGCAGGCUCUUCGAGAUGCUCAUCGCCCAGGUUAAGAGGGGAAUCACGAUUAUCUGCAUUAUUGACAAUAUCUCAUCGUAUGAGACGGACGAAGCGGUGGGUGAUCUGGAGAGGUUGGUCCAUUGUCUGCAAACCUGGGUCAUACGGGCAAAUCAGACUUCGUCGAAGCCAAGGAUGAAGUUGUUAAUCACCGACACGAACCAGACCACCCGGGUUUACCGGUAUUUUCAACAAGAUGAUAUUCUGGACCUUGAAGGUGAAUCGGGGGAUGAUUGGGAGGAUGACUCUGAGGAGGACAGCUGGAUAAUAUAA